UGUGAACAGGAGCCCACCGUCCACCCCUGACACCAUGACCCACUGCUGCUCCCCUUGCUGCCAGCCUAUGUGCUGCAGGACCACCUGCUGCAGGACCACCUGCUGGAAGCCCACCUGUGUGACCACCUGCAGCAGCACACCCUGCUGCCAGCCCUCCUGCUGUGUGUCCAGCUGCUGCCAGCCUUGCUGCCCCGCAACAUGCUGUCAAAACACCUGCUGCAGGACCACCUGCUGCCAGCCCAUCUGUGUGACCAGCUGCUGUCAGCCCACCUGUGUGACCAGCUGCUGCCAGCCCAUCUUUGUGACCAGCUGCUGCCAGCCUUCCUGCUGCAGCACACCCUGCUGCCAGCCCACAUGCUGUGGGUCCAGCUGCUGUGGCCAAACCAGCUGUGGGUCCAGCUGUGGUCAGAACAGCUCCUGUGCCCCUGUGUACUGCACAAGAACCUGCUACCACCCCACAUGUGUCCGCCUGCCCGGUUGCCUGAACCAGAGCUGUGGAUCCAGCUGCUGCCAGCCCUGCUGCCACCCAGCCUGCUGUGAGACCACCUGCUGCAGGACCACCUGCUGCCAGCCCACCUGUGUGUCCAGCUGCUGCCCGCCUUGCUGCUGCUGAUCAGCCCUGCCAAGGACCAUCAUCCUAACACAACAACCUUCUGACUUUUUUUUCUGAGACAGAGUCUCACUCUGUCACCCAGG